CCCCCAGCCCUUCCCAAGGGCUCCCGGGGCCGAUCCCAGCUCCGCGCCCCCGAUGGCAGAGCCUCGACAGCCCCGACUGACUCCCCAGCAUCCUCGGGGACCAGUAUCCCCACCAGCUGCUCGAACAGCUCUCCCCGCGCCGCCGUCGGGGCACGGUGGGGCCCGUGAGGAUGCCGGGGCUCGGGGACCCACCUGCCACCCGCCCCUUGCGCUCCCUCCCCGGCUGCCCGCCCUCCCCCGCUCGCCCCCCGCCGUGCGACCGCCGCUCUCCCGCAGGGCUGGCACCGGUCAAUGUUUAACCGGAGCGGUGGUACCGGUUGUGCGGGGCAGCCGGGGCCGGCUGGGGGUGGCUCCCACCGGGACCGGCCGGGCGCUGCGGGCACCCCGAGCACCGGGUGCCGGGGGGCGCAUGGAACCAGAGGAGGAGCGGGACGGGGACCCCCAGCCGGACCCCCGGCCCAGAACGCUCCCACGGGGCCAGGAGAGACCGAGUCCUGGAGAGGAGCGGGGGGCGCCCGUGGAGGGCAGAGAGACGCGCCUGAGAGUGGUGCUAAGGGUCCGGCCGCUGACCUGCACGGAGACGCGGCGAGGUGACCAGCAAGUUGUGCACAGCCUCGGUGACGGUGCCGUCCACGUAAGCGCGGCCAGGCACGAUGCCACCUUUGGCUUCAGCGCCGUGUUCGACGCCGGCGCCUCGCAGGAGGCCGUGUUCGAAGGCAGCGGGAUGAGGCAGCUGGUGGAGCUGGCCAUCGACGGCUUCUCCUGCACCGUCUUUGCCUUCGGGCAGACCGGCUCGGGGAAGACCUACACCCUGAUGGGACCCCUCGGCCAGAGUGAGACCCAGCCGGCGUCCCCGGCCCUGCUGGGGCUGAUGCAGAGGUCCUUCACCUGCCUCCUGGAGCAGAGCCGGAGCCGUGGCUCUGACCUGGCUCUCAGCGCUUCCUACCUGGAGAUCUACAACGAGCAGGUCCGGGACCUGCUGAGCCCGGGACCACCGUGCGCCCUGCCCCUGCGCUGGAGCAAAACCCGCGGCUUCUACGUGGAGAACCAGCUCAGUGUGGAAUUCGAGAGCCUGGAGGCCAUCGUCAGCCUGCUCCUGCAAGGAUCCCAGAGGCGCCGGACCUCGGCACACGCCCUCAACAGGCACUCGAGCCGCAGCCACGCACUCCUGACCAUCCACGUCUGCAGCCGAGCCGCCAGCGCCUGCCCCAGCAAGCAGGGCACGCUGUGCUUCGUGGACCUGGCUGGCAGCGAGCGGGUGAAGGAGACUGGCUCCAGCGGGGAGCUCUCCGUGGAGGCCAACAGCAUCAACCGCAGCCUCCUGGCGCUGGGACACUGCAUCUCCCUGCUGGCCAAACCCCGAGGGAAGCGAACGCACAUCCCCUACCGGGACAGCAAGCUCACCCGGCUGCUGGCUCGAUCCCUGGGCGGCUCGGGCAUCACCCUGAUGGUCGCCUGCAUCUCCCCAUCCUCACGCUGCCUCUCAGAGACCCUGAGCACGCUGCACUACGCCAGCCGUGCCCGGAGGGUCACCACCAGACCCCUGGCCAACAGGGUGUCCCGGGAGAAGCUGUUGCAAACCUUGGAGCGAGAAAUCCAUGCCUUGCAGCUGGAAAACCUCUCCCUGCGCCAGCAGCUGUGCCUGCCCAGAGUGCCAGUGAGGGGCACGGAGGUCACAGGAAACCCUCCAAAAGCAUGGGUGGGCUCGGGAGACAGGUACGGCCCUGCAGGGCAGCCUCCACCAGAGGGAACCCCAGCCUGGCCCAGCCUCUACGGUCUCCUGCGGGACUUCGUGGUGGAGAAUGAGCAGAUGAGGGCUCUCUGGAGGCUGCCAAUGCCCUGCCGGGCUUCCUCACUGCUGCCCAGGCAGCCCCGUCUGUCCCCACACCUCAGUGGUGACAUCCCAGCUGGCCCAUCCCGCAGAGCCACGCGCAGCUCCUGUGACAGCCAGCCCCUGCUCCGGAGUGCCCGCAGCCUCCACGUCCCCCGCGGGCACUCGGUGAGGCACCGGCGGCCCGACACCACCCCCAGCUCUGUCCCCCGGCUGCCGAAGCUCCCUCCUGCCUCCAGCUGCCCCAGCUGCUCAGGGUGCUCACAGCGCUGCCCUGGGCCAGCUGAUGCCACCAUGCUCCAGGUGCUGCCAGUGCCCGCUGUGCCACAGCCAGUGCCCCCCGAGGGAAGUGCUGGACAGGAGGACACGGCUCUGCCUGGCUCCCGUCACCCCCACGGGCACCCCCAGCCGCACCAGAGGCAGAGGAGUCGUGGCAGGAGCAGGAGUUUGUCUCAGCAGCACGCGCUGCAGCGGGAGCUGCCAGGCCCUGAGCGCGUCCCCAGCCCCGAGGGAAGGGUCAUCCCUUCAGCACCGCCGUGGCCGGGGCUGCCAGAGCCCAGAGCUGCCAGCACCGUCCCUCUCCUCCAGUGGGAAGAGGCACUGGACUGGCUGGCAGAGCAGAUCUGAGCUGCCACAGGUACACCAUGGAUGGGGCCAGCAUCGGGGAUCUGGCACAGACUGGGGGGACAACCACAGCCCUCAGGGACAGGGACCUUGGACUGCAAGGACUGCACAAACCACGGCACAGACGGUCGGAUGGAUGGACAG